CCAAGGAAGAAGCCUCAGAAAUCAAGGUGUGAAAUUUUGAGAGAGAGAGAGAAUCAACAAUGUCGAUGAAAUCAAUUUUCGACGCAAAAGAAGUACGAUCAGAAUUCGAAAAGGCCAGCAUAAACGCUAGCUUCAUCCCACUGAUAUGGAAACACGUAAUCACCCAUCACCAAAACCCUAACAACACUAACACCAACACCAACACCAUCACCACCGCCAUAGAUUGGUGCGAAAUUCCAUCUUUACCCUCCGCCGCCUACUCCCUCCUUGCCUCCAAAUUCAAACCCCUAACCACCACCCUCCACUCCCUUCACCGCUCCUCCGACGGUGUCACCACCAAGCUCCUCAUAAAGCUCCAAAACGGCAGCUUCGUCGAGGCCGUCGUCAUGAAAUACGACACGCGCUUAGGCAAAUACGAUGGCAAGCCCCGCCCCGGCGGGCCGAGGUCGACGCUGUGCGUUUCGUCUCAGGUGGGCUGCAAAAUGGGGUGCAGCUUUUGCGCCACGGGGAGCAUGGGGUUCAAGAACAACCUGUCGUCUGGUGAGAUUGUGGAGCAGUUGGUUCAUGCUUCGCGAGUUGACUCUAUACGUAAUGUCGUUUUUAUGGGGAUGGGUGAGCCGUUGAAUAACUAUGCUGCUUUGGUUGAUGCUAUUCGUGUCAUGUUGGGUUCGCCUUUUCAGUUGUCACCCAGGAGAAUAACUGUCUCAACGGAGUUUACCUUAAGAGUGGACAUGAUCAAUCCAUCACUUGAAGCAUGCAAUUCAUAUCUGAGGAUUGAAUUUAUUGCUGGUCCACAGAUAUCAGUUAACGUUGGCAUCGUUCAUGCUAUCAACAAGCUUCAUAAUGAUCUGCCAGGUUUGAACUUAGCAGUUUCAUUGCAUGCACCAGUUCAAGAUAUCCGUUGUCAGAUAAUGCCUGCAGCUCGGGCUUUUCCUCUGGAAAAGCUUAUGGAUGCGCUGCAACAAUAUCAAAAGAUCAGUCAACAAAAAAUUUUGAUUGAGUACAUAAUGCUUGAUGGAGUGAAUGAUGGAGAGCAGCAUGCCCACCUACUUGGCAAGUUGCUAGAGACAUUUCAAGUGAUUGUGAACUUAAUACCAUUCAAUCCAAUUGGUACUUUGAGUCAAUUCAGAACCAGUAGCGAAGAGGGGGUAUCAAGAUUUCAGAAAAUUCUUAGGGGUACCUAUAACAUCCGGACAACAAUUCGUAAGCAAAUGGGUCAGGAUAUAAGUGGUGCAUGUGGUCAGCUGGUGGUUAACCUACCUGAUAAGAAGUCUAUUGGGAAUUCAAGUCUCUUACCUGAUAUAGAAGAUCUUCAUCUUUGAUGUAGCCUAAAUCAUUUCAGGCUUAGCAAUGGAUUGCAAUUUAAUGGUGAUGGCCACACCAGACGAUGGAGUCCAGAGAGGAUGAUUUCAAAAAAAACUGUCUUUGCCCAGCAUGUUUUAAAUGCUGCUGGCCAUUCUAGUUCAUUUGCAGGCAGGUCAGUGAUUAAGGGAUGGAAAAUGGUUAACCACAUGUUUGAACGGUUUUCCUUUCAACAUCUGAUUGGGGAGGUUGGCUUCUAAAAAGUGGGUUUUAUAUACAAGCUCUUGAAUUCUUUGUAACCACUGGAUCCCAACCUCAUAUUUUCCUGCAAUUGGGUUCAUGCAAAUUUUGUAAUUUGCCUGUUCUUGUAUAUUUUAUCUACAGAGUAUACUGAAAGAGCUUUAAUAUUAGCGAAGGAAAAUGUGAAAAAAGUAUUACCGUGACUGAGAAAAUCUAUUUCACCAAAAAACAAAUUAUGGU